AUUUUCUUCUAUUUUCCAGCUGUGAUAGGAGCAGGACUUCUUUACUUGAUUGUACCUUAUGAGAGUCACGGUUUGCUUGGCGUGUCCCACAUGAAGUCUGUUGCACCCCUGGUUGGGUUUGGAGUUGAGUUGCUGACGUCCUUGGUUGUAAUGUUAACAGUGCUGACCUGUACAGGUGGGGGGGAAAGAGCUCUUGAUACGUCAGCAUCUCUGGUUAUAGGAGUUGCUGUUACAGCAUGCCAUUUGUUUGCGGUAAUAGUCAUGAUAUUAUUGAUAUAAUGCAUUUGCUUCAAUAACAGAUUAAGAUAUACUGCAUGACACAACACAGGUUGAAGCAAGGAUUACCAGUUAAAUGCAUGGUGAUUCCUUUACGUGAUCACUUUCCUCUUUUUCCUGAUCUAAACAUUGGGUACUUAAAUGAGUUAAAACAGAAUACAAAAGAUGAUGAUGAUGAUUUUAUCAUGCAUGGUUUUACUAGUGUGCAUGAUUUCAACUAAAUAUUGAUCAUCCAUGGCAAUGCAUUAUGAAUACUUUUUUCAUUUUUUUACAUGUUGACCAGUAUCCUGUGAGUGGGUGUGCAAUCAACCCAGCUCGUUCUUUUGGCCCUGCAGUUGUCAUGAACUAUUGGACUGAUCAUUGGGUGAGUGACAAAAACCCACUUAAUCUCCUCCUGUCUCUAGAAAACAGUGGGUGGUAGAAAAUGGUGGCCUUUCACUAGCAGUCUUCUCUACAAGGCAUGCAUGCUGCCUAACAAGUCAAAGCUCAUUGCCUGCAGAUUACUGACAUCCAUUUUUACUGAAUCUUGACAAGUCAGUAUUCUUUGAAAGCAAUUUUCUCAAUUCUCACAGGUUUACUGGUUUGGUCCAAUCAUUGGUGCUCUAUUUGCAUCAGGAAUCUACCAUGUCGCACAAAACUUCCCUGUCACUACUGAAGAUGAGCUUGUUAUCACUGGGAAAGAAAUCAAGAAUGAAGCCAAGUCACAAGGUUUUGAACUAGAAGGUCCUCAACAUCCAAGCCAAGCUGACAUGCAAACACAAACUCCUUAUGAACUGAAAACAACAGUGUAA